AUGGGCUACGAAGACUCCGUGUACCUUGCGAAGCUCGCUGAGCAAGCCGAGCGCUAUGAGGAGAUGGUCGAGAACAUGAAGGCCGUCGCCUCCGCAGACCAAGAGCUGUCCGUCGAGGAGAGGAAUCUGCUCUCCGUCGCCUACAAGAACGUGAUCGGCGCUCGUCGUGCCUCGUGGCGCAUCGUGACCUCGAUCGAGCAAAAGGAGGAGAGCAAGGGCAACGAGCAGCAGGUCGGCCUUAUCAAGGAAUACCGUGUCAAGAUCGAGACCGAGCUCGGGAAGAUCUGCGUGGACAUCCUCGACGUCCUGGACAAGCACCUCAUCCCCUCUGCGCAGACCGGCGAGUCAAAAGUCUUCUAUCACAAGAUGAAGGGCGACUACCACCGCUACCUGGCCGAGUUCGCCACGGCCGACAAGCGCAAGGAGUCCGCGGACAAGUCGCUCGAGGCCUACCAAGCUGCCACCGAGGUCGCCGGCACUGAGCUCGCACCUACUCAUCCCAUCCGUCUCGGCCUCGCCCUCAACUUCUCCGUGUUCUACUACGAGAUCCUCAACUCCCCCGACAAGGCUUGCCAGAUGGCCAAGACUUCGUUCGACGAGGCGAUUGCUGAGCUCGACACUCUCUCCGAAGAGAGCUACAAGGACUCGACGCUCAUCAUGCAGCUCCUGCGUGACAACCUCACCCUCUGGACCUCCUCCGAAGCCGAGCCAGCAGGCGAAGCCGCACCCACCGCCGCAGAAGGCGAGUCCAAGACCGUCGAUGCACCGGCCGGCGAGGAGCCCAAGGCGGAGUAA